AUGGCUCCCACAAAAAAAGUCGGUAUUCUCGGUGCCACUGGUACCGUUGGACAACGUUUUAUUCUCUUGUUAGCUGAGCAUCCCAUCUUUACCAUUCAUGCUCUUGGUGCUUCAUCUCGCUCUGCUGGUAAGGCUUACAAGGAUGCUGUCCGUUGGAAGCAAUCUCGUCCUAUUCCCGAGAACGUUGCUCAAAUCACUGUCAAGUCUUGUGAUGCCGAACUUUUCAAGGAUUGUGAUGUUGUCUUUUCUGGUCUUGAUGCUGACGUUGCUGGUGACAUUGAAAUGGCCAUGUUGAAGCAAAACAUUGCCGUCUUUUCCAAUGCAAAGAACUAUCGUCGUGAUCCCAGUGUACCUUUGAUUGUGCCUACCGUCAACUCUGAUCAUUUCGAUUUGAUUGCUCACCAACGCAAACUUAACAACCUCAGCAAGGGUUUUUUGAUCACCAAUGCCAACUGUUCAACCACUGGUUUGGUUGUGCCUUUGAAGGCUUUGCAAGAUGCUUUUGGACCCAUGAGCCAUAUCCUCGUCAACACCCAACAAGCCAUCAGUGGUGCUGGUUAUCCAGGUGUUCCCAGUUUAGAUAUUUUGGAUAAUGUCGUGCCUCAUAUUGGUGGCGAAGAAGAAAAGAUGGAAUGGGAAGUUGGAAAGAUUUUGGGUGAUUUGGCUUCUGACAAGGAAUCUUUGAUUCAUUUGCCCGAAACCACUGUCUCUGCUACUUGUACUCGUGUACCUGUGUUGGAUGGCCAUCUUGAAUCUGUCUCUGUCAAGUUUGCCAAUGGUGCUCCUUCUGUUGAGCAAGUGUAUGAGGUCCUUGAAAAGUAUACCUCUGAUGCUGAAAAGAUGGGUUGUCACUCUGCUCCUCAAAAGCCUAUUGUUGUUACCUAUGAUGCUGAUAGACCUCAACCUCGUCUUGACCGUGAAAACUUGAAGGGCCAAGCUGUCACUGUUGGUCGUGUUCGUAAAUGCCCUGUUUUGGAUAUCAAGUUUGUUCUCUUGGUUCAUAACACUGUUCUCGGUGCUGCUGGUUCUUCCGUGCUCAAUGCUGAAAUUGCUGUUGCCAAGGGUUUGAUUUAA